GAUCUUCUCAGCCUACAUCAAGGAGGUGGAGGAGCGGCCCAGCCCCACGCCGUGGGGCUCCAAGAUGCCUUUCGGGGAGCUGAUGUUUGAGUCGAGCAGCAGCUGCGGGUGGGUUCACAGCAUCUGCUUCUCGGCCAACGGGUCCCCGUGUGGCCGGGGCCACGACUGCUACCCCAUGCUGUUCACCUACGAGGAGAGCCAGGGCACGCUGACCUUCGGGGGGAAGCUGGACGUCCCCAAGCAGAGCUCCCAGCGCGGCCGCACCGCCCGCGAGCGCUGCCAGAACCUGGACAAGAAAGCGAGCUCCNNNNACAGCCCGGCGGGGCUGACUCCCCACCACCUCUUUGCGCUCCACAGCCAGAUCUCGGUGCUGGCGGGCGGGAAGGCCAACUGCUCGCAGUUCUGCACCACGGGCAUGGACGGGGGCAUGAGCAUCUGGGACGUCAAGAGCCUGGAGUCGGCGCUGAAGGAUCUCAGGAUCAAAUGA